AUGUUUGGAGAUUGCCAAGUACUGUCCUCAAUGGGCGGAAAUGUUGUUUCUUCAGAUUCCCUCUUUUCUUCACCGAUGGAGAGCCACCCUAACUUCAACUUCAUGGCUAACCUGCCUUUCAAUGUUUUUCCUCCAAUUAUUCCUAAAGAAGAAACUGGGGUAGUGAGAGGGAAGGAGGAGAUGGAGAGCGGUUCCGGUAGCGAUCACAUAGAAGGAGUGUCGGGUAAUGAGCAAGAGACUGAGCAACAGCCCAAGAAGAAACGUUACCACAGGCACACUGCUCGUCAAAUCCAAGAAAUGGAAUCGCUGUUUAAGGAAUGUCCACACCCAGAUGACAAGCAAAGGAUGAAACUAAGCCAAGACCUAGGGCUCAAACCCCGACAAGUCAAGUUCUGGUUCCAGAACCGAAGAACCCAAAUGAAGGCACAACAAGACCGGUCAGACAAUGUUAUACUUAGAGCAGAGAAUGAGAAUUUGAAGAAUGAGAAUUAUCGGCUGCAAGCAGCGUUGCGCAGUAUUAUGUGCCCUAAUUGUGGAGGUCCGGCCAUGUUGGGGGAGAUGGGACUUGAUGAGCAGCAACUACGCCUCGAAAAUGCUCGACUUAAAGAGGAGCUUGAACGUGUUUGUUGUCUCACUUCACGAUACAACGGCCGGACGAUCCAAUCAAUCGGACAGGGUCCUCCACUUUUCCCUCCCUCCUUGGACUUGGAUAUGAGCAUCUACCCAAGGCAUUUCCAGGAGCCUAUUCCUAACUGCACUGACAUGAUGUCUCUCCCUUUAAUACCGGAUAAUUCCCACCUCCCUGCUGGUUGUCUCAUAUCGGAAGACGAGAAAUCUCUUGCACUGGACAUGGCCAUGUCGUCUGUAGAUGAACUGGUGAAGAUGUGUCAGGCAGGUGAUCCUCUUUGGAUGCGAAGAAAUGACACCGGUAAGGAUGUGCUUAACGUUGAUGAGUAUGGUCGUAUGUUUCCAUGGCCGAUGAGCCUCAAGCAACAUCCAAAUGAGUUCAUGACAGAAGCCAGCAGGGACAGUGCUGUUGUUAUAAUGAAUAGUAUCACUCUGGUUGAUGCUUUCCUAGAUGCAGAUAAAUGGAUGGAACUGUUCCCUUCCAUUGUUUCUAGAGCAAAAACUCUGCAAAUAGUAAGCUCAGGUGUUUCUGGACAUGCCAGUGGUUCCCUUUACCUGAUGCAUGCUGAACUGCAUGUUCUUUCACCUUUGGUGUCCACAAGAGAGGCUCAUUUCCUCAGGUAUUGCCAGCAGAAUGUAGAGGAGGGAACUUGGGCAAUUGUUGAUUUCCCUCUUGAUAGCUUCCAUGAGAACAAUUCACCUUCCUUUCCUAGAUACAAGAAACGGCCAUCUGGCUGCAUCAUUCAAGAUAUGCCCAAUGGAUACUCAAGGGUUACAUGGGUAGAACAUGCAGAGGUAGAGGAAAAACCAGUUCAUCAGGUAUUUAAUGAGUUUGUGAAUAGUGGUAUGGCGUUUGGAGCACGACGCUGGUUAGCGGUCCUACAGCGGCAAUGUGAGAGACUGGCAAGCCUUAUGGCCAGAAAUAUAUCUGAUCUUGGAGUGAUACCAUCCCCAGAAGCAAGAAAAAACCUGAUGAACUUGGCCCAGAGGAUGAUAAGAACAUUCUGCGUAAAUAUAAGUGCUUCCCAUGGCCAGUCAUGGACAGCCCUCUCUGAUUCUGCUGAUGACACUGUUAGAAUAACCACAAGGAAAGUGAUGGAGCCUGGCCAACCCAAUGGCUUAAUCCUCACCGCUGUAUCCACUACUUGGCUGCCCUAUCCUCACUACCAGGUCUUCGAUCUCUUGAGGGAUGAAAGGCGCAGAGCUCAGCUGGAUGUUCUUUCAAAUGGGAAUUCAUUACAUGAGGUGGCUCAUAUAGCAAAUGGCUCUCAUCCAGGAAACUGCAUCUCUCUUCUUCGCAUAAAUGUAGCAAGCAACUCAUCUCAGAACGUAGAGCUCAUGCUACAGGAGAGCAGCACCGACGACUCCGGCAGUCUAGUCGUCUACACCACCGUGGAUGUCGACGCUAUCCAGGUGGCAAUGAGUGGCGGCGAUCCCUCCUGCAUUCCUCUCCUCCCCUUAGGAUUCGUCAUAGUUCCCAUGGAACACCCCAAUAAUCUCAACGGCAACAUAACUGUCGACGUUAGCCCCACCGACGUGGGUUAUUUGCACUCCGUCGACUCGGGUUGUCUCCUCACUGUAGGCCUGCAAGUUCUGGCCAGCACAAUCCCAACUGCAAAGCUCAAUCUUUCGAGCGUCACCGCCAUUAACAACCAUCUUUGCAACACUGUGCAUCAGAUCAAUGGCGCCCUUAGCAGUUGCAACGAUAAUGGGAGUACUAUUGGCCCUUCCACAGAGCCAGCAGCAGGUGCACCACCACCUAAGCAAGCUGACCAAGGCUCCGCAACCUAAUUACUCAAAACCUCCCUCUCUCUCUCUCCCCAAGGAUUUUGAUUCAAAAGGGAGAUUUGGCUUUACAAUUGGGGUAAUGCUACACUGACCGAAAAUAGAACUAAACCAAGCGACUAAAUGACGUGAUGCUAAUGUUGCGAUGCUGAUUAGGUAAGUUUUGAAUUUUGAUUGAAUUUUAUUUAGUCAAAAUUUAAAAUAAGAUUCAAAAUUUUGAUUCUGAAGUCAAGAACUUGUCUAAGACGAAAGGAUAAGAGAGCUCAACUCGACUAAAAUUAUGCUUAGUCAGCAGCAUCAUUACAUUGUCUUCACACAAUUGGGUCAAUUUUUCGGUCAGUCUAACAUUACCCUUACAAUUGAGAGCCAUGAAUACUAUAAUUUAGUUGUGCCUCAAGGUAUAUUGUUUCAAAAAUGCAUUGUCUCUCUCUUAAUGUUUGGUGGAGAGAGAUGGGGGAGGUUAUGGGUAAUUAGUAUGAAAAUUAGAUGGUAGAAUUGUCAACUAGAAAGUAGUUGUAGUGUCCCUUUUGGUAAAUAAAGAGAAGAAAGACAGUGCAAUGAAGUGAGGUAGUUGGCAGGUAAGUUUGAUGGGAACAUGUCAGUAAAGAGGUUUAAAUGAAGGUGAUGAUGAUGAGAACUGAGAACAGUGGUGGUGUAGGGAAGUCAAGAGCGCACCAGAUUUGAUCCUUGCUGCCUGUUAAGGUUAAAGCAAUAUUUGAAGGUGGCCUCACCAGCCAGCAAGGGUGGUGGUUCGGGUAUUGACUUCUUACUUGUUUGGUCCCUUUUGUUCCUUUUUAAUUCAAUGCAACUUGAAUUAAUAGUAUUGUGUUAUUUCAUGUUCUCUCUCUCUCUCUCUCU